AUGUGGCUUCUGUUGUCCACAGCCGCUGUGAACGGAUCUGAUCAUAUCGCCCACGGCAGUCCUGGUGCACCAACGUCAUUCGAGGACUUUUACUCCACCGAUGCACCACAAUUCUCUCUACACGUUGCCACAUUCCAAGACGGUACGCUGGUCUCACUUACCUUUAUGCAUAUGACCACUGAUCUAGGCGGAUUGUCAUCGGUUCUUGAAGCUUGGUGUUCAAUCCUAGCUGGAAAGCCUGAACAAGUUGCUAAAUUUCCAGGAUACAAUGAUGUUAUGGCUGGCCUGUACCGAGCUGAAACCACGGAGAAGUCAAAAACCGACGGGUCUCUUCUUUCGGGUUGGAGGCUUGUGGUCUGGGCUCUUAGGGCAGCUUAUGACGGGUGGAUGUAUCCCCUCGAGUCUCGAAUGCUGCGUGUGCCAGCCAAGGCUAUCAAUGCUAUAGUAGCCGAAGCCAGGAGUGAAAUUUCACUUGAGAAAACUACCGACGGCAGCAAACCAUUUGUUUCGGAGAAUGAUGUCAUCCUGGCCCUAUGCAACCGCUCUGUUGCUAAGAGUAUGGGCAGAGGUCGAGCCAUCGUCACCCUCAUCGCCGUCAACCCCCGCGAUCGUCUCAAAAACAUUUUCCUUCCUGAUUCAGCAUACGUCCAAAAUGCGCCCUGUGGAGCAUUUUUCUACUGUCCCGUUAGAGACGCCCAGGAUCUUCCCCUCGGAAAAGUCGCCAUGCUUUCCCGCCAAGCCGUCGUUGAGUACUUGACCGAAGGACAAAUCAAGGCUGCAGCCAAGGCAGCUUAUGUGUCCAUGAUCGAAGGUGGAAACCCGCCUAUCGUGGGUGAUACGACAAGUACAAUGAUUAUGUCGUCUAACUGGGCUAAGUCGGGAUUCUUGGAUAAGACUGAUUUUGGACCUGCGCUUACGCCUAUUAUAUUUCCAGUCUCUGUUGGGAUUAAUAUGGGACGGGAUGGGGAUGGGAAUUUGUGGCUUGGUGGUGACUUAUCAGCGGCUUCGUGGGCGACGCUGAUGGGGUAUUUGAAGCUGUAUGAAUAG